GCUGCUCAUCCUCUGUCAUCUUGGAAAAAGAAGCAAUGCUGUCCCCGUUUUGGACCUUUGGCACCGAGCAGGAGAUCAACUCAUGGGAUGUAGUGGAUGCAGAGUCAGGUUCAACUUUGGCAAGGUGCUCUCCAAAGUCUCGGUGUUUUUUACCAUGGUCCUGAUCUUCACCUACUUCUUCUACUGCCUCACCGGAUUCUGUGAUUCGGCUCCGAGGACUUUAUACCGCCAACAAGUAUCAGACUAUGACGCUCUGGACGAUCAUCGCCGCGUUUUGGACGAGCUGCGACCAUCUCCCCGUCUCCUCCCGGACGCGCAGUCUCAGCGGAACCGCUCAGGCUCCGCGGACGCAGAGCAGGUGGACACACCCGGACAGUUUCCGCAACAUAUGUCGGAGAGUGCAAACGAGGAGAGCGCACAGAGCAACGGCAUCCCCGUGUCCAACACUUUCGGCACCAAAAGGUUUCCGCAGGCGAUUAUAAUCGGCGUGAAGAAAGGAGGAACCCGCGCCCUGCUGGAGUUUCUCCGCAUCCACCCGGACGUGAGAGCAGUCGGUGCGGAGCCUCACUUCUUCGACAGGUUUUAUGAUAAAGGACUGGAGUGGUACAGGAACCUGAUGCCUCGGACGCUGGACGGCCAAAUCACUAUGGAGAAAACACCCAGCUACUUUGUCACAAAAGAGGCUCCUAGUCGUGUCUGCACUAUGAACUGCCAAACCAAGCUCAUUGUGGUGGUCAGAGAUCCCGUGACGAGGGCUGUUUCUGACUACACCCAGACACUGUCCAAGAACCCAGGCCUUCCAUCCUUCCAGAGCCUGGCUUUAAAAAACUCCACCACAGGUCUGAUUGACACCACGUGGAGCGCUGUGCGCAUCGGCCUUUACGCCAAACAUCUGGAGAACUGGCUUCAGCACUUCCCCUUGUCUCAUUUUUUGUUUGUUAGCGGAGAGCGGCUGGUGUCUGAUCCAGCUGGGGAGAUGGGCCGUGUUCAGGACUUCCUGGGUCUGAAAAGGGUUGUUUCAGACAAACACUUCUACUUCAACCAGACAAAAGGUUUUCCCUGCUUGAAGAAGCCUGAGGGGAGCAGUAGACCACGCUGUCUUGGUAAGUCUAAGGGCAGACCCCAUCCCCAAAUCCCCUCCGAGGUCCUGCAGAGGCUCAGAGACUUUUACAGGCCUUUCAACCACCGUUUCUACCAGAUGAGUGGACAAGACUUUGGCUGGGAAUGAACAAGGAGAUUCCUACCAGAAAAAGAUGACAAUUUGACUGUUUAAUGCUCCACAGAACUAAGGUUCUCAGGGAUGCGGUACAGGAAUGCAAAGUCCACAAACUUUAUUCUGCCUGAGUGGAUUCAACGUGACAAGCAACCUAUGAACUGUGACUGUUGUGUUGUAGAGUAGAAGCCGACGUGAACACAAAGCUGCCAAUAUGCAAGUUACUCACAUGGCUUUGUUUUUAAACUAUUAAACUAUAGACUAAACUAAAGAGCAAAGUGUGUACCAAGGGGGGAAAGACAUUCCCUUUGAAAAUCAUUUUGGAUUUUGAUCAAAUAAGCUGAUAUUUAUAGUUUCUGUUGAUUUGAAAAACAACAGUUACAGUUUUUUUUUUAUUGAAUAAAUGUAUUUAUUUUGCGACAAGGCCAGACAUAAAACUGAAUAUGUCUUUAUUG